AUGGAUAGCCAGCAGCAUCUCUUCCUCCCGUCUGAAAUUGCAAGGCUCGUAUUAGGGUAUCUCCACGAUGUCAAAUGUAAAAUCACAUACAAAACCUUUUUAAAGGAGUCUAAAGAUUUAGCUGAAUAUUCAGCAUUGUUAAAAAGGGGUAUCACUUACCCAACAACAAUAAUGGGAUACACUCUAGUUAAUCUAGUAAAUGAAUAUGCAGCCUAUAAACUACAAGAUUCCAAGGAGACAUCAAGUUCAAGUGAAUUAUGGAAACAAUUUGAUGUAGUUGUUAAACAGUUAAAAAAAUCAACUCAAUCCAAACUCAAACAAAAAGAAACACAAACUGUUCGACAUCGGAAACUGAAUAAGAAAACCAAAAAUCGGAAAUUGUGUGCGUCAGUCUUGGACAUCAAAGAAACAAGUGAUGAAGGAUGGGUAUCUGACAAUAGCCCGCUUGAUGUAGUCACAGAGGAAACAGUGCAUAGUGAUGAUUCAGAUGAUGAUGAAAUUGGCAAGGCUAAGCGACCAUUUUCAAAAGCAUCUACACUGAAAAACUCAUCUGAUUUAACAAUAUCAGAUUUAUCUUCUCCCCCUUAUGGUAAAGUGCGCUGUAAGCGUAGUAAAAAUAGUGCUAAUAAAACAAAAUCUAGAGAAUCCUCUAGAAAUCAAUCUAUGGAGAUAGACCAUAAUGAAAAUCAAAGUGCUGCAGAAAAAACUCCUGAGCAGGUUUGUAAAAGAACUUUGCGAUCUUCAACCACAAAGAAGAAACAGAAUUCCAGUGCUUGUGAUAGAGAGACCAAAGAAAAGCAAGACAAUUCUUGUGCAGAUAGUAGUGUGAAUAGUAAUACUUUGGUCAUAAUUGAAGAUGAACCUAAAGAACCCAGUGAAAGAUUAGAUUCCUCUCAAAUACAAAAUUGUGAUAAUACAACAGAAUUUGAGACACAUAAUAUUACGGAAAAAGCGGAAUUGGACACAAUAUUGGAAGCAAGUAACACAUGUAGUAAUGAUGUAAAUGGGAAUAAUAAUAGUUUUUGUGAUAUUUCUAUGAGAUGUAAUGGUAAUCAUGAAGUUGAAAAUGGUGAUAAUAAUGGUAAUCAAACAAUGGUAUCCAAUGAAACAUUUAUAGUGCAUUCCUCUGAUAUACAUCAUGAAACUUCUCAAUCGAAUACAGGCAAUGGUAAUUAUAAUUUCUUGCAUGAAAAUGAUUAUUUUUCAGUAGUUCAAAGUUUUCCUGUACCAGUAACACCUCAGAAGUCUGCAUUUCGACCGAUAAAUGUUGAUGAAAACUCAAACCUCAAAACACCUGUUAAAGCAUUGUCUAAUGUACAUUUUGAUAACCAUUAUAAGUCUCCAAGAAGAAAAAGACCACCUAGACGUCGAGCAGAUAAUAAUAUAACUGUAAUGGGUGGACUAAGUCCUGAUAAUUCAACUUGUACUCAAUUUAAUACCAAUCCACCUGGACCAGAUAUGGAUGAAAAUACUAUGACAGAUUAUGCGAACAUGUUAGAUAGAUUAUUGGAAGACACAAAAUUACAUGAAAAAUUAGCAGAAAAUAUCAAUAAAAAGCUGGUACCAAUAAAAGACAAUGUUUUGAAAAAAAAUGGUGAUUCUGUACAAAAAAACGCUGUUGUUCAUAGUGAACUUGGUAUAACUACAGAGAAUAUGCCAAGUACAAGCACUGUUAAUAUGAACACUACUGAACAGCAUAAUACAAUACAACCAUAUAUGAAUGAACAGCAUGAUAUACCAACUGGUACAGAAAAUCUUAGUAAUGAGAAUUUAACGUCUAUAUUAGGAGGUGUUAUAAAAGGUAUAGCAGACGUGACUGAAAAUGAUCCAUCCUUCGAAUCAAUCUUCUCCUUAUUUCUGAAUGUGAAAGAAUCGUCUGUUCAUGAUGAAGUUGAUCAAAUGAUCAUACAGUCUCAUCAAGAUGAUAUUCAAAGUAAUCAAACUGAUGAAUUACAUACACCAACUGAUAUUAAAGAAAAUUUCUUGGUCAAUCCAGAAAAUCCAAAUCAGCUAGAACAACAUCCCUUAAGUUCCCAAUAUUUGAACCAGAACAGCAGCAAUUCUCAAAAUCAGUACUACUGCAAUAAUACAACAUCAACAAUAAACAACAGCAAUGAUGUUCAUAUUCAACCUGCUGGUGGAAGUUACCAAAACCAGCUAAGUUCUGAAUCAAGCAAGAACAGUGUUAUAAAUAGUGCACCAAAUAACUGCUCUUCAGCACAAACUAUUAUGUGUAAUACUGGUAAUCCUAGUCAACCAGUGAAUAGACUGAGUUAUCCAGCCUCAGUUCAUGUUAAUAGUAACUCUAAUAGUCAGUCAGCUUAUAACCAAGAAUGUAGUAUGUAUAACAAUGCCAGUAUUAAUUCCCCAGCUAUAUCUGUGAUUUCAAUUAAUUCUCCUGAUGCCAACUCAGUAUCCACACCAGAGAGAACUGCAAAGAUCAGAAGACCUAAAAGAAUAACACCAACUCCUCUAAAUGGAACUGAAAUUUUACCGCUUCAUGGAAAAAUAGCUUCACCGCAGAAACCAUUGAUCAUUAUACCUGAAAAUAAACAGUUAAACAGUGGUACACAGCGUGGUAAACAUUUUCCUCCCCCUACCUCUAAUUCUAAUAGUCGAAAUAGUCAUUUUAGUGAAGGACAUUCAGAUAAUAGUCAACACAGUACCAUAGAGUUAACUACACCAUUACAGUCAACCUUGAUAGGUACCGGUUAUCCAAAUUUAACCCAGACACAACUCAACGAGACCAGUGUUUCUGAUAUCACCCUUUCCCCUGGUGGACACCACUUACUAGCUCAUAACAAACGCUCAAUGGCUAAAGCUAUCGAGGAGAACAGUGCCUUUGUUCUAUCGCCAAUUACUCCUAUUAAUGAAAAUACCAAACUGGCGUCCAGUACUCCUUAUCCCAAUUCAAUACCUGGAUGUUCCCUCUCCGAAAAUUCUGCUAAAUCUCCCAAAAAAGAAUUCAAAAAACCUAAUCUACUGAGUAAGACUGUGACCAAAGCUUCUCCAAAAACUGAAACUGCAUCUUCAAAAGCUGAUGAUGAUUCUGUUUUGUGUUAUUCCUUAAGUCCAUUAAAGACUGAUGCUAAUGUCAUCCAUGGAACUGUCAAUGAUGUCCCUUUCACUGCAGUACCAAUGGGCCAAAUGUCCAGAAGAUUUUGCCAUGUAAGGAAUUUAGAUUUUGGACGUGAACAGCCAUCUUCAAGUAAUAUCCAGAAUCCGAAGAAAAAAAGAUCAUUAAAUAAAUGUGCAAAAAGUGACCUAAAAUCUAAAAAAGAUCUGCCCAAAAAGAUUAGUACAUGUACUCCUGAAAAAGUUGAGAAAUUGAAAGUUCGGCCCUUGCUACCCCGGCAAACCACCAUUAAACCACUCAACAAACAAAAUCAACCUGCAGAACCCAUAGCUACGAUAGUGAACCCUGAGGCCUCGGUUUCAACGAAAUCACAGAUUAUUCAAAAUAUGUCUCCUAAAGUUAUACUGAACAAACUUGAAAAUAAGCCGAAAUCAAAGGAAAGAAGGAAAAGUGCUGGCAAAGUUAAGACUCCUAAAGCAACGACUGAAUCAAAAGCAAAGACAGAAAAGUCCAAAUCUAAAAGGAAAUCUGACCCAACUACGAAGAAGGCUUCACCUGUGAAGAAUAAAACUAAAUCUUCAGGCCGAAAGAAAAAUGAAACUCCAAAGAAAAUGCCUCCUCCAUCAGCAACUAAAAUGGUUGAAGAAAAGAACCUUCGAGUAACUGCCCUUGUGGAUGCGAUUGAUAUUUUGGAUGCCGAUACUAAAGAAUUUAAUCAGCGUUUAGAAGAUGUGAAUGUUGUUGAUUAUGGAAUUCCCUUAGAUUUAACUGCUGGAUCAACAGAUAGCCAAAUUAACAUUGUAUCAGUCAACGAAGUCAGUAAUCAGUUUGUGACAGCUGAUCAAAAUGAGACCAAAGCUGCUGCUGAAGUCUUAGCAUCUUUGUCCAUGUUGAACUCUUUUGCAUCUAUUUCAAGCGAUCCUUUUAAACCAAGCUCUUUAUCCUCUGAACAAUUCGGUAAAGAUCAUUCAGUAUUUAGUGAAUCUUCACAAAUACCAGUUCAAAAUAAUACAGCUGUUCAAAAAAACGUUCCAUGGACAAAUCAGCAUGGUGGAGAAACAUUGCCAACUAAUAUUCAGUUAGAACCAACUGAUCUUUCUAUUCCAAAAGAAAUCAAAUCAGCUGCACCGCCAGCUUCUGUAAUGGCACCGACAAGUUUAUCCAGUGGUAAACGAAAAGCUGAAGAUUUUAAUACUGAUUCGUCUAGUGAAUAUCAGGACUUUAAUUCUGAGAAUGAUGAUUCAAACCCACCACAAGGAACAGAAUCACCCAAUAUAUGUUCUGAACCAAAAAAGAAAAAAAUGAAGAAGAAGAAAAGUAUAGAUUUAAGAUCAGUUAAUAUCGAUGAAUUAUUAUCAAAAGUGAAAUAUUCCAAAUAA